GUUGACUUCUCGUGCGCAUGAUCAAAAUGUUUGCAUGUUGUGAGACAAAAAACGAAAGAGUUCACCUCCCAUGUAUUUUUGGCAGAAGCGGUGGCCCAUAUGCUGCUCACUUUUAUUGAUAAACACAUCCUCGUGGAACUAAAGAGGUCACUCAACACUGGUUUGUGUAUAAUGUAGUGUUUUCACGAGGGGACGCAGUCCGUUUCGUGAACAAGGACACCGUCCCGCUUCCUACCCAUCACUAUAGUCUCGCUUGACUAGCACGGUGGCGUGCUCCGAAAAAAAAUAGGGUCAAAUUGUGGCAUCCUUCCUUUCUCCUUACAAUGGCUGCAGUUGAUCCUCGUCUUCAAAUAGAAAUUGGUGGAAAUCCAUCUGCUGUUGACAUACGGGCACUUCUUAUUCCAACAGUCCCAGUUAUCGCUCCACGGCACUAUUUAAAAUAAGAUGGCAAGUAAAGGUAAGACGCAAAUGAACUAUUUCUUUCCUAAUUUCAUAUGAACAACUUGCAAGUAGCAGGGGUACCCGGCAACUUCUUGAUUCUUGAAGAUAAAGCCAAUUCAAUAGCGUUGGACUUCCUGGAACGAAGAGGGACUCCAACUAUUCAGGUCAACAAGAAAGGAACGGUCAUUGGCUUUGUCUGGAACGCAACGAAGGACAAGGACAUCGUAAAGGAGCCAAUCCCCAACGAGAUUCACAGGGAUGAUGCACGUUUAGUGCGGGUUGAGAUGUAUAGUAAAAUUAGCGAUCCCGAUACUGUUUACAUUGGUGAACUUCAUUUACAUGCCCAGAGUGAGGCGCUGGACGGCACAGUGCCGACAUCAACAACAUAUCGUCUUUGGACGAAUGCGGAGACGGAAUCUCUCUUCGCCUUCGUCCUCGGAAAGAACCGAAAGGAGCAGGAGCAGGAGCAGGAGCCGCAGAAGGAACUCGACAGCAUCAGCAUCGUCGCGGACGAUGAGGAAGAUGUGGCGGUGGAGCUUAUGGGAAAGUCGUCGGAUGGCACACUGCUGGGGCUGGCCGUCGGAGGCGAAAAGGUCGUAGUGGACAUGUCGGACGGCACCAUCGAAACUGGUACACAUACGAUGUACUUGCAGAGCAUCGAAGAGACGGCGGAUCGCACGCUGUCCAUUGACGCGAUAGCGGCCGAGAAAUCUCCGGACAAACAAGUCAAGAAGGCACGGGAAAACAUGCUCAUUUCCAUCGUUGUCGCUGUGAUCAUCGCUCUUCUCGGUAGGAACGCUCCCGGAAAGCCGUGUGUCGUCAACUUCGCCGAAGGGUUCCCUGUCGCGAACGGAACGAUGGUCGCUGUGCCGGAUAUCGCGAUCCCAAGUCGGCCUCUCGCCGUCGGUCUGAGCGGCCUGCAACUAGCGAAUCUGUGCUUGGUCGGGGCAGAACCGCCGCCGGCCGGCCUCCACCACGACGGUAAUGGCCACGACGACAGCUACAGCCACAGCGACCACGACGUUGCCACCAACCACGACAACCGUGACGGCGACAGCGACGGCGACAGUAUUCACCAGGGGGACAGGAAGGCGGCCGCGGAAAAUGUGGAGAAGCUGGCGCAGACUGUGCGAGCUCUGGACGCGGCCCGCGCCAAUAUCACGGACGUGAACGCUCAGCUCGCGGCCGUCAAAACGACCUCAUCGGAAGAGGUUCGCCUCGUGGAGAUGGAGCGGCAGAAAGUCUCUCAAGAGGUCGAAAGACUCACCACCAUCGUCGUACCCGAGCUUUCCGGCUCGGUGCGGAACCUGACCCUUGAGAACGAGGCAAUGAAGUCCGCCAUCCGGAAACUCGGAACCGAACUGAAACACACUGAGAAAAAGGUGCAGAAGGCAGAGAACUCCUUAACGAAUUUGGAAGCUAAACAUGCUGCGAGCCGAGAGGAAAGCGAUCACCGCACGAUGGUGGCAGCCUCGACGAUCGAGGAGUAUCGCCAGCGCACCGAGGCCGUCCUCACGUUAUACGGGCUUGCCGAAGCCGGCAUCACGUUGCCCGCUGGGCUGGGCGACACGAAGGAUCUUUCAGAAUUGGUGCAGAAGGUUCAAGCCCUGGAAGGAACCGCGUCGACGAACGCGGCCAAGAUGGAAGUGCUUCUCUUUGACAGCAUUGCCUUUCACGAGGGACAAGAUAAGAUGUUGAGGGAUCCCAUGACCGGCAACAGGACGUACACCGUGGCGAAACGAUGGGAACUCAUCCGCCACCAUAAAGGCGAGAUCAGUCGCAUCCGGGAGGCCCUCAUGUUGGUCAAGAAGGAGCGAAAGCGGCAGAAAGCAGAGCUCUCCGCGGCUUGGGUUUCCGCGACCUCUAUUCCACCUCUGAGAGCCUCUCAACGGACCCUCACCGAAAUUAUCGCGCCCACGAUCGUCGCCGAACGGAAACCGGACGGAACGUACGCCGUCGUGGACGAUGCCGGAGCGCUUCUCAUGCACCCGGCUGGAAACCGGUUCUGGACGAUCUGCGUAACGGUCUCGAAGCUCAGCUCAACGGUAAAGCUGGCAGAGCCGAGUAGUAACAUAGAAACCCCACUUAAGGAGGAAGCAGCACUACAUGCCUCCACCAUUGGGCCAUCUUUGACGCUUGCACCCCCCGACCAGUCCUUGCAGUACCUUUCCUUCGAGGCCCUGUUAGCUGCUGUCCAAGCGCAUGCCACUAAGGAAGGAUAUGCUCUGACAGUUGGACGAAAAAGCGGCGACCGUGUGGCGCAGCUGCCGUCGGAAUAA